GUAUAUAAAUGCGCCAGUUCCGAGAGCUCCGACCAUCGCACGAGUCAAAACGCGUUCUUUCGGAUCUUCGGAGGCUGCGCGAUCUGCACGAGUACGACCGAUUCGACUCAGAAGUUAGUGGCUGUUGGAGAAAUGGCAUCGAAUGGACCAGCACCACCCAGAGGCAGCGCAGCAGCAGCUGCUAGCAUGCGUAGGCGGAGGACAACUGGUGGUGGUGCCUCAGGAGGAGCAACUGGAACGAUGCUGCAGUUCUACACUGAUGAUGCCCCAGGACUGAAGAUCUCUCCAAAUGUGGUUCUUGUUAUGAGCAUCGGCUUCAUUGCUUUUGUUGCCAUCCUUCAUGUCAUUGGUAAGCUCUACUUGGUCCGAAGAUAGAUUCAAAAGUGGAUUGAAAACAGGAGGAAUAUUUAGUGGUUCGUUCUCUCGAGUCCGAAUCGGUCUCUUCUUUGUUGUAAGACAGAAAAUCAUGAAGGUUAAAUUUUAUAGAUCAAUGUUUGAGUUGGUAGUUUGACUCAUUUUACUAGAUUGGCUUUUUCAUCAGGCACUGUUGAGUUUUUGGAAGUUCUUCUGAAAAUGUAUUAUUGAGGAUUUUGUCUUCUUACUUGUCCAGAGUUUUGUUCUCGAAUUUUGAUCAACUUAUGGUUAGCACUUGUGUAUCGAGAGUUAAUCAGUUGUCAUAACUGGAGAUUUUUAAGAGACAGGAUGAAUUGAGUAGACAA